AUGGAAACUCAGCCCUUCCGAGUCAUCAUAAUCGGCGGCGGCCCCGUUGGUCUUACGGCCGCACAUGCUCUCCUCUCCGCUGGUAUCGACUUCGUCGUCCUCGAAGCCCGGGACACAUUUACCCCGGAGGAAGGCGCCAGCCUGCUAGCAUACGCCUCAACCCAGCGCGUAUGGCAACAACUAGGCCUCUACAGCGCCAUGGAGCCCAAGGGCUGCCCCGUCGCGACCCGCAGCUCGGCAGAUCAUGCAGGAAAUAUCUACCGAGGAGGAAAUCCCAGCGUAAUACACAGGAGGCUGUUUGGUGCGGCGCCGUGGAACUUCCACCGAAAGGAGCUGGUGGAGGUGCUGUAUGAGCAGCUGCCGAUGGAGGUGAGGGAGACGAAGCUGUGUACGGGACGCAAGGUGUGUGGGCUCGAGGUUGAUGAAGAAGGCGUGACGGUGCGGUGUGAGGACGGGAGGGUGGAGCGAGGCAGCUUGGUGCUCGGGGUGGACGGCGUGCACAGCAGGACGAGGGUGCUGAUGCGCGAGCUGAUGCUGGCGGCGAGAGGAAACGAAGGCAGCAACGACGACGAGGGAGACAUGCCACCGGAGAGACCCUACAAGGCCGAGUACCGCUGCCUCUGGGGGACAUGCCCAGCACCAGCGGCGUGCCCACCAAGCUCCAACGCAGAAAGCCACGGCCCAGAGCGCAGCAUCAUGUUCAUGACGGGCAACGACGGCCGCAGCUGGUUCUUCCUAUACGAGCGGCUGGGCGGGCCGCGCGACGGGGGCCAGAGGUACACGCCCGAGGACGAGGAGGAGAUGGCGGCGCGGUUCGCCCGGGUCCGCCUGCUGCCGGGCCUUCGGUUCGGCGACAUCUGGCCGACGCGCACGGCCUGUGGCAUGGCAGACCAGCUGGAGGGCGUGCUGCCGCAGGGGAACUGGCGUCUCCCCGCGGCCCAGGGCGGCCGUGUCGUGCUCGCGGGCGAUGCGGUCCACCGGAUGACGCCCAACUUUGGCUGGGGGUUCAACUCGGGCGUCAACGACGUGUGCGCGCUGGUGUCAAUGCUCCACGCUGAAGUGACGGGCCCCUCGUCGCCGUCGCCAUCGCCAUCGCCAUCGCCAUCGCCAUCGCCAUCGCCAUCGCCCUCGACCGCUCAGCUGGAUGGCGUCCUUGCACGCUACGCAGAGGCACGCUGCGUGGAUGACGAUGUGGCCGACGUGGUCAGCAUUAGCGGCAGGGUGACACGCCAGUGUGCGUAUCCGCGUGACCGGGGUUUUGUCGCAGCCGCGGUUGCCUGGCUUCUGACGCGUGUGGUCCCGUUGCUGGUUCCGGAUUUUGAGGCGAAGAUGGCAAGGAAGUUGCUGGGCAAGGUUAUGCGGAGGAGUCGCGUAUUAGAGUUUUUGAAGGUGGAUGGAAAUGAGUCGGCUCGCGCCGAAGAGAAAUUGUUUUCUGGGGAGAUGGGGUGGGACUUUCCGAUACCCACUACAGCUGCUGCCAAGGGGAUUGAGAGUGAAAAGGACGGAGUCGUCGUAACAGAGAGCGAGCUAGGCUCAUGA